CGCGCGGUGGGGUGGGGCAUUGCGGCGUUGCCAGGGUAACGGACGCGUUCCACGGUCACGUGCUUUAACGGCUGCGCCGGGCGGCAGGAGCAGCUGUCAGCAGAGCCGGGUUAACGCAUCCUGUCCCAUUUCCUGUUCAACAGAGCACUGCAGUUGAAUCAUGGCAAUCCCUGCAGCACCGCCAAGCUACGCUGAGGUGAUGGCGAGUAAGGACCAGCUAUUCCCAAACCAGCAGGCUUACUCCAGACAGCAGCCUUAUCCAACACAGCAUUCUUACCCUAUCCAGCAGCCUUAUUCAGGCCAGCAGCCUAUGCCUCAGCCUACAACUAUGCCUGUACAUCCCAGCUGGGCAUUUGUACAGCCCAACCCCAGUACUGGGUACAGCAGUGGGUAUGGGCCUUCCGUGUUUACCUCGUACUCUGAUCCCAGCAGCAGUAGGAGCAUCGAUACAUUUGCCGUGGAUUCCUGGAACAACAAGAAGAUACGGCACAUGUUUAUCCAGAAGGUUUAUGCCAUCUUGAUGGCACAGCUAAUGGUGACCUUUGGGAUAGUGGCAGUCUUUACAUUCUGUGAACCAGUCAGACAGUAUGUGCGGAACAAUCGUAUCUUGUACUACGCCUCUUUUGGGGUUUUCAUCAUCACCUACCUCAUUCUCGUCUGCUGUACUGGAAUCAGGAGACGCCAUCCCUGGAAUUUAAUUCUGUUGGCACUUUUUACUCUGGGCAUGUCAUACAUGGCAGGGAUGCUUACCACUUACCAUGACACAAAAAGUGUGAUGAUCUGCAUUGGGAUCACUGCCUUGGUCUGUCUCGCAGUCAGCAUCUUUUCCUUCCAGACAAAGUUUGACUUUACCUCUUGCCAUGGACUGAUGUUUGGAUUAAUGAUGGUGUUGUUUAUCACUGGGCUGAUCAUGGUCUUCACUGUUCCAUUCGGAUAUCUCCCCUGGUUACAGACAUUUUAUGCAGGACUUGGAGCCAUUGUCUUCACUAUGUUCCUGGCUUAUGACACACAGCUUCUCCUGGGGAACAAGCGCUACUCCCUGAGCCCGGAAGAACAUGUGUUUGGAGCACUCUGUCUCUACACAGACAUCAUCUACAUCUUCAUGUUCCUCCUCCAGCUGUUCGGGAGUCGGGAUUGAGCAGCUCCAGGCUCCUUCCCAAUGAUUUUAUAUCUUGUCUUCAGCUGC